UUCAGGCCUGAACAGCUUCUAAACUUCGGGGUGUUUUCGAAGCUUCGAGCAUAAAUGAGAUAAAUAAAGGAGGUGAGUUUUAUUUCCGGGUCUAACUGACAGCAGAGCUCCAAUGACAGUUAAACAUUCUUAAAUUAUUCUUAUUAGAGAGAUUUUUUACUCUCAGUUUGAUUGUUAUGUAGAACAUUUAGUCACUGAGUGAAGGAAAUAUAAAUGUGGGAUGAGAUAAAAGUAAGAGGCGAUUUCCUGUUCUGUCAAAGGGUAAAUAAAUGAAACCGAAAGAAUUUGAUCUGUAAAGUCUUUCUGAGCUCAUAUGUGGACACACAGACUGCAGGCUUUGAAUGUUACAUUAAGAAAAAAAGGGAAAAUAAACCAAAAAAAUAUCAGUAAUUUUAGUCGUGUUUUAGCAACAUUAUUGAUGUUAGAUGGCUGAACCCUGUGGCUGUAUGGAAAUGAUAGAAAUAUUGGACCAGAGCUGAAGAUGAUCAGCUGCAGUGGAUCCUGUCCAAAUGUGGCUGGCCUCUGUGCUGACUGAAUAAUUAUCUGAUCACUUUAUAACCAUGAAAUGAGCCGAAACCCAAACUAAAGUGGUUCUACGGAUGAAUCAGAGCAACAGACCCAAAGUGUAGCUUUGCUGUCCAUCAGGUGGACAGGUGGUCUGUCUGCGUUUGGUGGAAUUGCUACAAAAUUUGGAGACAGGAGGAGCUGCUUUUCUUGUUGCAACAGACACGCACAAGGUAUUCUCUUAAUUCAUCAGGUGGAAACAAUGACAACAAAGAAGCUGCUUGUUGAAACACUGAACCAGUUGAGUCCCGAAGACUUUGACAAAUUCAAGUUACUCAUUGGAGAGGAGGAAGGUGUGCCGGUCACCUGGAGGAGCUGACUGAAAGCAGCAAACACUGAGGAUGUCGUGGAGCUGAUGGUGGAGACGUACAGCCGAGAGUGUGUGGAGGCGACCACAAAGGUUUUGAUGAAGAUGAGCAGGACUGAUCUGGUGCAGAGAUUGUCAGGUAUCCACUCAGGAACUGAAGAGGAAGUGUGUCCUCCACUGGUCCAGAGACAGGAAGUACUGAUGACAUCAAUUCCGGAGAAACUUAAGGAAACACUGGAAUAUUUAAAUGACGCAGAGCUUAACCAUUUCAAGUGGAUCCUACAGAAGACUGUAAGACAAAGAGGCCUUCCAAGAAUAUUAAGUUCCAGAAUGGAGAGGGCAGAAGACAGAGCUGAUGUUGUGGAGCUGAUGGUGGCGAUGUACAAUGAGCAGUCUGUGGACAUGACCAGAGAGGUUUUCAGGAAGAUGAACAGGACUGAUCUGGUGCAGAAGCUGCCAGAGAUCAGCUCUGCAUCCAAAGAUGACCAUCCAAACUCUGGUCCUGUAGAAGCUGCAGAAUCAUCAACUGGAUCGUGUUCUGAUGCUGCAGUAGGAGCUGCAGGAUCUUUGAGUGGAGCAACUGGGGUCAGCGAUGUGGCUGAUGAGAAACACUCUGUGGAUGAACAGCUGUCUGCACAGCUGCACAAAGCAGCAAUGAUCUCAUCAGACAGAGAGAGGAUUCAGAAAAUGCUUGAACAUCUGAAAGAGUCAGAGUUGAAAGAAUUCAAGUGGACCCUGGAGGACAGUAACUUCAUGUUCAUGUUGGACCUCCCAUGCAUCCCAAGAUGUAAACUGGACAAGGCAGACAUGUUGGACCUGGUGGAUCUGAUGAUUCAGGCCUACAGCCAACGGUCUGUGGAGGUGACCAAGAAGGUAUUCAAGAAAAUGAACAGGAAUGAUCUGGUGCUGAUGCUGUCAGCAGCUCAUGAUCCAAAGAUAGGCAGUGAUGGAAACAAACAGAAACCUGUUAAAACAACACAGUGAUGUAUCUAGUUCAUUAUUUUCAGAAGGUUUUGGACUUGAGUUUAGACUGGUUUUAUACUGGUUUUGAAAUUGAUUUCAAACUGGUUUGGACUGGAUUACUUUUGCUUUUGUGGUGGACUUGUGUAGUCUCUCUGUGUGGAGAUGGCUUGUGUGAACUCAGUUAUACAGUCAUGGACAAAAGUAUCGGCACCCCUGGAAUUUUUCCAGAAAAUACACCAUUUCUCCCAGAAAUUGCUGCAAUUCCAAAUGGUUUUGGUAUUUUGUUUAUUUCCUUGAUGUGCAUUGGAAAAACACAAAAAAGCAGAAGAAAAAAAGCCAAAAUUGACAUAAUUUUACACAAAACUCAAAAAAUGGGCGGAACAAAUUUGUUGGCACCAUUUAAAACCGUGGAUAAAUCAUUUUAUUUCAACCAGACCCUGGUGCCACUCAUCUCAGCUGAUUAGCCUGGACCUCCAGACCUGCACUCCAGCACUUGUCCUUUUCCCUGCCUACUGGCGUGGCUGAUUGGGCCACCACCCGGUGUCCUCCUCCAAUCAGACUGCAGCAUUUACCACCGCUGGACACGAAUUUGCAAGCAACCUCACAGGUCAAGUGGCUGUGAUUUAAUGUGAGUGGUUCGCCUCACUGCCUCUCGUGUCUUUCUGUUUUGUGUAAAUAUGCAACUUCUGUCAGCAGCUGUAUAACUUGGUUAGAAGUUACUCGUCGUCUCUCGUUUUCUGGGUCUUGUAGCACCUAAAAAUGGUUACUAGCUUUUGAGAAACUCGUCAACAUGUCUUAAUGUUACAAGUCAGUCACAGUUGUUACAGAAAUUUUAAACACUGAUGUAUUUUUGUGGAUUUUUGCUGAUAAACUUUAUCUCAACAAACAUAUUUCUGAAAAAGAAAUGAUUUGUAUUAAAUAAAGCCAAAACAUCACAACAGUG